GGGACAUAUUAUUCCGGAUACAUCGAUGUAUUCGGUCGUGAGAUCUAAUCGAACAUUCACGCGAGAAGUUUGAAUUGAGCGUUCGUUCUAACAAUGUCAAAUUAUUUCAUUCUGUUGUUUCAUCUUAGUUUUUGCCUUUUAAUAGGCUUCGUAACAACCUCGAAACCGUUGUCGAUUUUAUUGAUAGAGCCUCUUGCAUCGACGAGUCAUCAUAUUUGGACGGUGAAGUUAGUUAAAGAAUUACUUCGCCAAGGCCAUCAUGUACACGUAGAAAGUAUACACGAGACUAAAGUCAAUGAUAAACUCGCACAGAAUUUAACGUACGCCGUUUUUGAUGGUCUAAUGGAAACUUACAAAACCGACGACGAUUAUAAUCCGGUUGAGUGGGAAUCAUACGGCGUAUUUUAUUCGGCGUAUUUUACAUAUGAGUGGGGUGUCAUCUCAUGUGAGAGAGUAUUACAAAAUAAAAGAACAAAAGAACUUUUAAAAUUAAUAAAGAAUGUUGAAUUUGACGUCAUAGUGCAGGACAUUACUCUACACCAGUGUUUCUAUGGAUUAUGGGAGGUUGCUAAGGGUAAACCACCCGUAGUAGGUUACAUUCCAUUCGGCCCUGCACCUUGGCUCAAGGCUUUCACAGGUGGUCCAAGUUAUCCGACUGUUCGACCUUAUACGCAUGCAGCCAUUGCAAAACCUGUAGGUUUAUGGCAAAGAACAUGGAAUGCGUUAUAUUACGUUGCGGAUGAACUUAUACGAAACUAUUAUUUUCUGCCCACCUCUCAACAACUCGCCGAGGAAUUUUUAGGUCACGCAAUCAGACCAUUACAUGAAAUUGAAAAAGAUCGUAUUAAUAUUGUACUAAUCAAUAGUCAUUCUGCGUUUGAAUCAGCGAUCCCAUUGCCACCAAAUACUCUGGAAAUUGGAGGAUUGCAUGCCCAAAGUAUGAAACCGAUCGCCGGCGAUGAAACUGUACCGUAUCCUGAGAAUAUACGUGUAUUUCUGGACGAAGCAAAAGAUGGAGCUAUUGUGAUAUCAUUGGGAACGAAUUUGAAUUGGAAAGCUAUUGGAUUAGAUAAGAUUAAAACUGUUAUAACGGCUUUAUCAAAAGUAAAACAACGAACAAUCUGGAAAUUAGAUAUUGAAGUACCAUUUGAAAUACCGAAAAAUUUAAUGAUUGCAAAAUGGAUACCGCAAAACGAAAUUUUAUCUCACAAAAAUGUAAAAGCAAUUUGGACGCAUGGCGGUCUUCUUAGCACGCAGGAAGCAAUAUGGAAAGGUAUACCAAUAAUCGUAAUGCCUUUCUUUAUGGAUCAAAAUUCCAAUGCGGAAAUGAUAGUAGGCAAAGGUAUUGGUGUUCGUUUGAAUGUUAAAACUUUGUCUACGCAAUCCAUAAUAUAUGCGAUAGAAGAAAUAUUUUACAAUGAAAGAUAUGCAAAAAACAUGAAACAAUUAUCUAGUGAAUUCCGAGAUCGACCAGUACCGCCAUUAGAAUUAGCUGUUUGGGGUAUUGAACAUGCUGUUCGUCAUCCAAACGGAAGUUUGGUUACACCACUUAGACACCAAAAUUGGGUGGAACAGAACUUAGUCGACGUCUACGCAUUUUUGUUCCUUAAUAUUUUCAUAAUAUUGUUGAGUAUAUUUUUUAUACUAAAAAUGCUAAUUAAGUUUUAUUAUAAUUAUAUAUACUCUACAUCUAAAUUGCGUAAGAGUAAACAAUCGUAAGCCACUAAAAUAUUCAAAAUUGCACAUAUAUAAUUUUAGUGUUUUAUGUUAAUUAAAAAA